AUGUCUUUAGUUAAAGCUAAUUCUUUGGCAAACCUAUCUUCUUCAUUGAUAUCACUCAGGCUUGAUGAUUGUUCGCUACAGGGCGAGUUCCCAAAUGAUAUUUUCCACCUUCCUUUCCUCCAGGAGCUACGUUUAUCAGGAAAUGAGGAUCUCUUUGGUCGUUUACCAAAAUCAAACUGGAGUAGUCCCCUCAAGUUUUUGGAUCUCUCUUUAACACAUUUUUCAGGAAUAUUGUACGACACAAUUGGUAAUCUAAUAUACUUGAAUGAACUAGAUCUUUCUCGCUGCCAGUUCAUAGGAUCACUUCCAACAUCACUUUGGAACCUUACGGGAAUCACUUUUUUGAAUUUGGGUUCCAAUAAUUUUUCUGGUCAAGUCUCAGGAUUGUUAUCAAACCUUGGCCAACUAAAUCAUUUAGAUCUUUCUAUGAACAGGUUUUCAGGCGAGUUUCCGGAUGUUUUUGGUAACCUCAGCAAGUUAGUUGUUGGACAUGCUCUUGCAAAUAAUUUCACUGGUUAUUUGCCUCCAUCAGCAUUCAGUCACAUUCAACUUUCAGAUUUGGAUUUAUCUGAAAAUCAAUUCGAGGGCCACAUUCCACAGGUCAGGCAUCUUUUAGAUUUAACCGACAAAAUAUCAUCUUUGGGUCGCUUAAAUCUCAGCAACAACAAACUCUCAGGUCCAGUUUCAAAUUCCAUCUUUGAACAUGUAAACCUUACUGAUCUCAACCUUUCAUCAAAUAAAUUGAGUGGCAUUGUGAAGUUAGAGAAGUUUUCAAAGUUCAAAAAUCUCAUUUAUGCAGACCUUUCGUAUAAUGACCUUUUGUCAUUAAAAAGUGAUAUGGUUGACUUUAUCUUACCCAAGCUCGUGUAUUUUGGCUUUUCUUCUUGCAACCUAACUGAAUUCCCUAUUUUCUUGAGAAACAUGAAAAGUUUGUUAAAUUUAGACCUUUCAAAUAACAGUAUUGUUGGUCAAGUUUCCGUACAGGAGCAUAUAGAUUGCAAAAACUUGUUAUAUCUUGAGCUCUCUAGCAAUUUUCUAACAAGUGUUGAGCAUAUUUCAUUGAUGACAAACCUGCAGUUUCUGAACCUUCAAUCCAACUUGCUCAAAGGAUCACUUAUGAUUCUACCACCCUAUAUGGGCUUCACUGGAACAAUUCCGCAAUGUCUAGAAAACUAUGAUAUGCUCGAGUUCUUGGACCUGCGAACAAAUAACUUCCAUGGUCACAUCCCUUCAUUCCUAGAUGUUCCUAUUGAAUAUCUUAAUCUUAAUGGCAAUCGAUUGAAUGGAUCGUUACCAACCUCUUUGGUUAAUUGUAAUGAGUUGGAAGUUUUAGAUGUUGGGACUAACAUGAUUAAUGAUACAUUUCCUCAUUGGUUAGGAAGUCUUCCAAAAUUGCAAGUUGUUGUCCUAAAAAGUAAUAAAUUUCAUGGUCCUAUUGAAUAUUCAACAAGAAGAUUUCCCUUCACUAAGUUACAAAUACUUGAUCUCUCUCACAAUCAAUUUACUGGUCUUUUGCCGAUAAGGUAUUUUGAAAAAUCUGAAGCUAUGAUGCGUGGAGAUAAAGGUAGUCCUGAAGUUGAAUAUUUAAGAGGAUAUCCCAUGGAAUAUUUGGGGAAAACAACUUCUGAGUAUUAUUCAAUUGUUUUGGUGGUUAAAGGAGUUACUACGGAAAUUGAGAGAAUUCUAUCCAUUUUAGCAGCCAUGGAUUUGUUAAACAACCAAUUCCGAGGAUCGAUUCCAGAAAUAGUUGGAAAGUUCAACUCAGUUGAACUUCUUAACUUUUCUAACAACAACCUUAUUGGUCAUAUUCCAUCAUCAUUGGGAAAUUUGACAAAACUUGAAUCAUUGGAUCUGUCUUCAAAUAGGCUUGUUGGAGAGAUUCCCAAACAGUUGGCAAGUUUGACAUCUCUUGCAGUGUUAAAUCUUUCAUACAAUCUUCUUGCGGGACCUAUACCUAAAGGAUCUCAGUUUAACACAUUUUCAAAUGAUUCAUACAUUGGAAACUUGGGAUUGUGUGGAUUUCCAAUGUCAAAAGAAUGUAGCAGUGAUAAGCCAACUAAACCGCCAUCAACAAUAUUUCCUGAAGAUGACAAUGAUCCAGGUUGGUUUGAUUGGAAAAUUGCUAUGAUGGGUUAUGGAAGUGGGUUGGUGAUUGGUUUGUCUAUGGGAUAUAUUGUAUUCACAACGAGGAAACCAGAAUGGCUUAUAAGGAUGGUGGAAAGAGAUGGACCAACCAAUGUGAGAAGCUUGAACAGAAGACGCCAAGGAAGAAGAAGUCCAUAUGUGCAAGACGCCAAGAAGUGUUUGCACCUCAUUACAAGGUAA